AUGGAGCUAAGCUGGAUUCUCAUCCUCAGCAUGAACACUUACAUCUGGCUGAGAGAAAUGGCUGAACCGUUUAUCGAUUUCAUGCAGGGCUUGAAGCUGGCAGGAGAUGCUUCUGCUUCAGAGAUUGGAAUCCACCACGUUAUGAUUGUCAACGACUUGUUCUCCUUCAGGAAAGAACGGGCCACUAGGAACUACCUCAACAUCAUCCGGCCUUGUUGUGGCUUACAAUCUAAACCUGGAAAUCAACAAUGCAAUUGCAAAGGUGACAAGCAUGAUCCAGGAGCUGGAAGAGGAGUUCACACAAAAGAAGAGAGAAAUAUAAAUGGUCUCUGUGUCAAGGAUGGUGUUAUGGAGUACCUGGCGGGAAUGGAGGAGUAA